AUGAAUCCCACCCCUGGGUGGCGUUUCGCAGCUCACUGGACUGCUUCAAGUGUUCACGGUUCGUUCACUGUCACGGUCAAAGCGGAAAAGGCGGCUGUCUCGGCCGACCGGCCCCUUUUUUCGCCAAAACGAAACAGCGCCGAAGCGCCGCUGCAGGGCGAUGAGAUGCAGCGCAGUUCAAUGCGGCUGAAGGGUCUGUCUCAAGGGCAUACACAGAGGAAGCGAACUGAAAUGGGGUGGCGCCCAGGCUCGUGUUGCGCCAUUAGUGUCACCGUGCCUGUUCGUAUCCAUAAAUACGAUUCAGUCAGCCGCAAAGCGAGGUCGCCGGGAACGACGGGCUUACUCGCCAAGCGGCCUAGUCGCCUACGUAGUCAAUGCAGGCCCACGGCGGAGAGAGUUCGGUGA